UGAAGUAAGAGAGAUACUUUUCAAGCCGCUGGUUGGGGGCGUCAUGGCAAGCUCUGUCGUUCUCUGCCUCGCGCUAUAGAACGCAUGACGGGAACUCCCCACGAACCUGAGCUGCACUUGGCACGCGCUCUGUAUUGGGACGGAGUAAGGGACUUUACUUGAGUUUUAAUCGAAAAUCCGGAGCAAGAUCUGAAGAAAGCCUUGAAGGGAAACAGGUCGCCGUCCCAUUCGGGCAGGGAACAUGUUCGGCCGCGGCAAAAAGAACGAGGUAGCGCGGAAACACGCGCCACGGAUAGAGACACCCGAUCCCCUGCGCCGCCUAGGUGUUCUAGAUGACGAGGAUGUGUGUGUGAUGCAGCAGGGAUCUACGCUGGUCAAGGUACGCUCUCAGAGGUGGCAGAAGAGGCGGAGCUUACGGUUGCUAGACGACGGCGCCACCAUCUGGUGUCAGUCCAACAAGCGCUCGCGCAAGGCACGGCAGUUGCAGUCUUUCAGUGUGUGGGACGUGGAGUGCAUCCGGGAGGGCUGCCAGUCCGACUGUCUUCGCCGUCUGGGCGCGAGCGUGUCCGAGUCGCUGUGCUUCACGCUGGUGUUCCGCGGCGGCCUGAGGAAGAGCCUGGACCUGCGGUGCUCCAGCGCCCAGGAGGCGCAGCACUGGGUACGGGGCAUACGCACGCUACAGGACCGGCUCAGCAACAUGACGCAGAAGGACAAACUAGACCACUGGAUCCGUGGGUACUUACGGCGUGCAGACUUGAACCAAGACGGAGCAAUGAGUUACGAUGAGAUUCAACACCUAUUGCAGAUGCUCAACAUUGACCUCAACGAGACCUACGCACGCUCACUAUUUAAGAAGUGUGACCGCACCUGCAACGGGCGUUUGGACCCACGGGAGACGGAGGAGUUCUGUCGCGAGUUGCUACGACGACCGGAGCUGGAUGCGGUGUUCCGGCGUUACUCGGGCAACGGCUGCGUUAUGACCACCGCCGAGCUGAGGGACUUCCUCGGAGACCAGGGGGAGGACGCCUCCCUGGAGCACGCUCAGACACUCAUACACACAUAUGAGUUUAAUGACUGGGCUCAUGAGCAUCUAUUCAUGACCGAGAAUGGCUUCACUCUUUACAUGCUGUCAAAGGAGAACGAUAUCUUCAACCAGCAACACACUUCAGUCUAUCAGGACAUGAGUCGUCCGCUGUCCCACUACUACAUCAGCUCAUCUCACAACACUUACCUCACCAAGGACCAGCUGACCAGCCAAAGCAGCACCGAUUCUUACAUCAGGGCUCUCAACCAGGGCUGCCGCUGUGUGGAGCUGGACUGCUGGGACGGAGACAAAGGAGAGCCCAUCAUCUACCACGGGCACACACUCACCUCCAAAGUGCCCUUUAAAGAUGUCAUCAUGACUAUAGCACAGUUCGCCUUCAAGAAAUCUCCAUACCCUGUGAUCCUGUCCCUGGAGGUCCACUGCUCCCUGGAGCAACAGGCGGUGAUGGCCCGGCAUCUGCGCUCCAUCCUGGGCAAGCGACUGCUGACCAGGCCCCUCAACACCCAGCCACUAACCAGGCUACCAUCCCCUGAGGAGCUGAGGGGGCGGGUCUUGGUGAAGGCGAAGCGUAUUGGUGCACUGGGGAAGACGGAGAGCUCUUCCUCAUUCGGGAUCGGUGCACUUGGGAAGACCGACAGGUCUGGUUCAAUCGACUCCAGCUUUGACGAGGAUGCCAGUGGUGGGCCCAAAAGUGCCAAAAGCUGUUCUAAGGUGAGUGUGGAGCUAUCGGACCUGGUAGUGUACUGCUGCAGCGUUUCAUUCCGGAACUUUGAGGAAGCCAAUCAGCAGUCACCAGACCUCAUGUCUUCCUUCAACGAAAACGAUGCACUGAAACUUAUCAAGGACUCAGGACGGCAGUUUGUGCGUUUGAACAGUCGAUGCCUGAGCCGUGUGUACCCGUCAGGACAGAGACUAGACUCAUCCAACUACCAACCGCAAGACAUGUGGAACGCUGGAUGCCAGCUGGUGGCACUAAACUUCCAGACGGCGGGGGAGCAGAUGGAUUUGAAUCAGGGCCGUUUCUUGGACAACGGUUGCUGUGGUUAUAUCCUGAAGCCCAGCUUCCUGUGUCAAGAUCAUGCCCAAUUUAAUCCCGAAAACACCGGAGGUGGUCCCGGACACUCACCGACACAACUAACUAUACGGGUGAUCUCUGCUCAGCAGCUUCCCAAGGUGUGUACGGAGCGUCUGACGGCCAUUGUGGAUCCACAGGUUACCGUGGAGACAUACGGAGUCGCCAUCGACUGCAAUCGCCAAAAAACACACCGUGUCGACAACAACGGUUUUAACCCUCGGUGGGAUGUGACGCUGGCAUUUCAGCUGCAGGUACCAGAGUUGGUUCUGGUGCGCUUUGUGGUGGAAGAUCACGAUCACACAGCUAAAAAUGACUUUGUAGGGCAAUUCACACUGCCCUUCUCCUGCCUCAAACCAGGCUAUCGGCAUGUGCACCUCUUGCGAGCGGACGGCAGCAGUAUGUCUCCAGCGACUCUAUUCGUCCACAUCAAGAUGACGCCUCUGAGCAUGCCAGUCAGGAGCGUGGCCCAGCGUAUGGCCAAGACUUAAGGCAGUAUGCGAUUGGCCCGCACAUAUUCUGAUGUGGGUGGAACAAUGCUCCCAUUGGCUGGGCCUCAAAUCGCUGGUUGGAGGAAGCUUUGAAGGACCCAAUCAGAAGAAGGAUCUUGCUCUAGCAUGGUGAUGCACUUGAGUGAGGUGAUCACUGGAUUCAGAAACUACAAUCCAGUGCCACAUAUUCCGAAAGACCUAUGAAAAAGGGCGAUUCGGUAAAAUCAGGUAUUUUGGAAAAUGUGGCACUGGAUUAUAGCUUCUGAAUUCAGGUUGCCCCUCACUGCUCAGGUGCAUUGAUAAAGACACCUUUAGGUUGCACUCCUGGGCUGAGUUUCUCAAAAGAGAAGUUGUUAGCCUGUUAGCAACUUCGGUAGUUGUCAAUGGGAAAAUGCAUUGAAAACAACAAAGUAGCUAAUGUAGUAAGCAACUUUGGUUUUGAGAAAUUCACCCCUGAUCUAACCCAGCCUACCAAGGCAAGAGGGAAAUCUUGUCGCUGUCCUUUGUAGUUUCAUAAUGGCAGAGUGUGAUUUUAAUCAGAGUUUUAUAAAGUAGAAGCAAAUUACAGUAAUAACAAAAGAGUAACAGUGAGUUCUCUAAAAUCUUAGAAGGGGUGUGUCUGGUUAGUCCUAUUGCAGUACAUUACAUUACAUCUCAUUUAGCUGACGCUUUCAUUUUAUUCAAAGCGACUUACAGUUAUUAUUUGUCAGGGUAUUGGUUACAGUCCCUGGAGUUACAGUAGGUGCCUUGCUCAAGGGCACUUCAGCCAUGGAGAUGUAGGGAGAGGUCAGGUGGGAUUCAAACCUGCGACCACCAGAUUGAAAAACCAACUCUCUAACCACUAGGCCACGGCUGCCCCUAUAAGGCUGGGGAGACUAAUAUCAUUAAUUGGAUCCAAAGCAGUUUCUUCCACGUCAAGGUGAUUAAACAAAAAGCAGAAACUAAACUAAAAGACUAAACAAAAGCGUUGUUAAAAGGGGCUCCAGGUAGGAUUAAAAGUUGAAUUAAUCACGGUCCAGAGUCAGCCGCUGCUUAUGCGAGUCUUUAGUAAGUGAACGAUGGCUCUCAUGAUCCCUUCCACCGUUCGCUGUCAGAAAACCCCACAUGCAACUUUUGGCAGCGCGGUCCGAGGGAGUGUGAAAUACUUAUCAUUUGAAAACAACGCUUUACAUACCGUAUUCAGAUUUGUAUCAACUGUUGGCAUUCCGGCAUGAAAAACAGUGAGUUUAUUUGAACAGCAUUUCUUCAUUACGGUGUAGAUUUUGAGACAGACAUGCCACGGGCACCACGCAAAUGACGUCAUACUACCUAGUGCCUCUUUACAAGAACUCUUGUCCCCGUGAAGCAGACUAGAGUAAGUGCUUUGGAUCCACUUUAUUAUAAGUCAGGUAAUGUUGUAAUUACAACUUUAAUUUAUGAUAUUACAUAGUCGUUACCACAAUAUCUAAUGAGGGUUUUUUUUUACUCUUCUUUUACUUCUACUUUAUUACACCUCUGACUUUUAUAGCUUUACAUGUAUGAUGGUAAAGCAACAGUGUUCUUUUAUAGUUUUAUGAUGGCAAAGCAACAGUGUUUUUUAAACAGGUUUACGGUGGCGGAGAAAAAGUGGUUUUGAUAUGCAUUUCUCAGGUUUGACAUUUCUAAGACGUAUGAAGAUCUAACCUGGCUUUGGCCUCUUCAAGUUUCUUUGAGACUCUAGUCUGGCCAGGCAAUCCAUCCACAACAUUUCUUUGUGGGAGAUGCAAAAGGCGUGUCUAGCUCGCCUUCAGUAAAUGCCCCCACCCAUUCCUUUAUUCGCUAGUUAACUGAACUGGUCCGGUGCUGCCUUACACACGAUCCAUCCAGCCAUUGGAUAUGCUCAAAAUUGACGGGUUCUCUUUUUCGGGGGAAUAUAAAAUGUGGUAAAUGGUUUGCAUGGCCAGACUUAAGUCUCAAAGAGACUGGCAGUCACGAUAGCCAGGCUAAUUUAGACAAUAUCAAUUUAUACUUAGUUUUAAGUUCCCUAUUACAUUAAUUAGGUACAAUGUAACAUAGCAUGUAAUAACAUGUAACAUUAUGAAUUAGCACUGUUUUUAGGGUUACAGCUUAUUUGAGUUAGGUAUGUACAGUCAAAGUACACCAUAUUACAUGUAGUUACAAUAAAAUAGUACAAAGCAAAAAUAAAGUGUUACACCCAGUAUACAAUGUAUUGGUUGGAAUAAAGUAAAUGUAUGGGGCGUAGUCUCAUCUGAUUUGUAUUAGGAUUUGUAUUUCAGGAGUAUUAUGUAUUGUAGAUCCGAAGGGAAAUGCUAUCUGAAGAUGUGUGUACAUGUGUUACAGCUAAAAUUGACAAUGUUUUUUUGCAUUCUCUCACGUAAAUGUUGCCAAAGUGCUCUUGCUCACUUGUAUUGUCAUACUGGUGUGAGCAGUGAAGUCAAUACUCAUUGUAUACAGCAAGACAAGAAACUAUGUCGCAGGUCAUAUGAACAGAAUUGAUGUACCCUGUACAGCACCUUCCACAAUAAAGUUUGAAUAUGUGUUUCUGCA